AUGGUUUUGCCCAUCCGUCAAAUCAUCUGUUUCAUUCUUUAUUUGGAUUGAAAGGUGUUGAAUUGCAACAAGUGUUGUGUUAUGUCUCGGUUAAAUUCGUUGUUUUUUACGGUCUUGGAAGCCAAUGAGCCUGUUAAUCUGGUUUCCUACCGAAGAAAUCUACGAAACCAAUUGAAUCCGUUGCAGUUGUUCGAUGCAGAGUUUAAAGCAAACUUUAGAGUGACAAAACCACUGUGAAAUGAAAUUCUUUCAAAAAUUGAACAUUCAAUUGCUCCACGGCAUAACCGUGGUCUAUUAGGUAGGGUGAAGCUAGCGUCAACGUUAAGGUUCAUAGCGGAAGGCUCCUAUCAAAGAGGAGUGGGAAAGGAGUUUAAUACAGCGAUAGCACAAUCAACGUUUUCAGAAACGUUAGAGCAAACGUUAACGGCAAUGGAACGGGAACUGGCUUACACCAUUAAUGUUAAUUUAACAAACCAAGAAAAAGUAGAUGCUUAUAGUUACUUUUACGAAAAACUACCGGUUGAAAAUGUUGUUAUGUGUGUUGAUGGAACACAUAUAAGGAUAAUUGCACCUCACGAAAACCCUACUGACUAUUACAAUCGUAAAGGAUUUUAUAGUCUAAAUGCAUUAAUGAUAUGUGACCACAGAUCAUUAAUACGUUUUGUGGACGCAAGAUGGUUCUGUGGUUCUGAUCACGAUUGCUAUAUAAUCAACUCAAGUCCUAUUUCUUCGUACUUAGACAAUAAGUGGAACUCUGGAGAACGUAUAAAGAUCUUGGCAUACCCAGCAAAACCUUGGCUGAUAAAACCAAAUAGAAAUCCUGCAUCCGGAAGCUCAGAAGUGUUGUUUAACACACAGCACGCCAACGCACGGAGUAUUAUUGAAAGAACAAUCAGAGCGCUAAAAAACAGAUUUCGUUGCAUUCAUGCCGAACGACAGCUUCAUUAUACACCCAAAAAAUGUGUUAAAAAUGUCAAAGUUUGCUAUAUUCUGCACAAUCUCUUGACUAGUUUAUUGUAA